CUGAUAAUCAGCGAGACUCGGCCGAUCGGCGUGCCGAUGGGGAGAUCAGCUUAGUCAGCAGAAUUUUGAAGAUUCGCACGGCAGUUUUCGUGACGGCGAGGGGCGGUCGGAGAUGCGUAAAGGUCGGCGCAAGCAUUUCCUGGCACUCUCCUCCUCGCCUUGCUCUUCUUGUCUCUCUGCCGCCAAGUUCGCCUACUCACUCCGUCUUCUCCGUUUCUUUUCUAAAAAGACCGCUCCUCAACAAUGGUCUCUGCUCUCUGGAAGGCUUGUGCGGACGGUGACCUCGACAGGGUCUCUCAUAUUCUCAAUGAAGAGUCUUUUGACAUCGAGAUAAAAGAUCACACAGGUGUUACACCACUAAUCUGUGCGGUGCAGAGCGGCCAUUUGGAGAUCGUCAGACUUUUGCUGGACAAGGGCGCUGACCCCCACAAUGUCUCCAGCCAGGGUCCUCCGGAGCAGUACACUGCAGAUCAAGGCAUUAUUGAGCUCAUCAUUGCCGCCAAAAAUAAAACAGCACCUAACGGACACAGCUACGAUUCGGGGUACUCUAACGAUGGCCAAGUCGAUCCUGCGAAAGCUUACUACCCGCCUCCAGGUGCAUACUAUUACCCUGGCAUCCCCCCUCCUGUCCUCCCUGAGGGCGCCGUAGCAUUCUAUCCUCCACCAGUGGACCCCUCUGGCAAUGGUCUUUCUAACCUCCCACCUCCUGAUGUUGCUCGUAUGAUUCCUUGCAGAUAUUAUCCCGCGUGUCGUUACGGUGCUUCUUGCAUGUUUGCCCAUCCGCAGGGACCUUACAUCCAAGGUCCAUUGCCCCCACCAGCCCAGUAUCCUGCUCCUUACGAGUCUAUGGGUCCCGCUCCUUUCCCUGCAUAUUAUCAGAUGCCUCCGCCCUCUUACCCUCCUCACGCUGGUGGUCCACCAUCAAUGAAUCCCACGUCUCCGCCCCCGGGUCAGCACCAUCCCCUUGCUCAUGCUCGUUCAGGCUCUGAACUUGUUUCUCCUGUACAAGCACCAUUCAGUCCUUCUGGAAUUCCUCCACAGGGACCGUAUGGAAUCGUCUCCCCUGUUUCUCCGACUUUCGGACAUCCUGGUCCUAUUCCAGUCUCAAUUCCUCCUCCUCCUGUACACCAUUCGGCUGGACCGCAGUCUCCUCAACAUAUCAUGUAUCAGCCCACAUCUCCGACGGGCCCUGGAUCGAUGUCUGCUCCUCAAUAUAUGAUGCCGAGAGACUCUGGCCAUCAGUAUCCGCCCCAAGGUCCUCUCCCCAAUGGCCACAUGGAGGGUAUCAUGUCGCCUAAGCUUACGUCUACUCAUCCCAUGGAUGGUUACCACCGUGAUUCUAUGACUCAUCAUCGGCGAGGGAGCGCUCGCAGGCUUUCUAUGGGUGGGCGUGGAAAGCCUCCUUGUCUCUUCUUCCCCUCCGGCCGAUGCAGGAAUGGGGAUGACUGUCGAUUCCCGCAUGUCCUUCCAGAUGGCCCCUUACCUCACCAAGUCCCCCAUUUCAAUGGACGCGGUGGUCAUCGUCCGCGGGCAUCUACGUAUGUCAAUGGUUACGUCGGACUUGAAGACAAGCUGGCCUCUAUGAAUAUUCAAGACGAUGGUCAGCAGCAGCAGCAGCAGCAUGCCAACGGUAUUGCGACUGAAAAUUCAAGUCGUUCGCAGUCUACCGAUCCAGGAAGCCGAGGCCGCGCUUACUCAGGAUUCAAGCCUAACCAGUUCAUUAAUGGUCAUCGAACCGACAGGAGAGUGGCGGCCCCUAGGCCGCAAAGACUUCCCAGUGCAGACGAGUUCCCCGUCUUGGCAGGAACUUCGACACCUCCUCUGCGUAGCCCAGGGGCUAAUGGUGUUCUUGUGAACGGACAAGGUCCUACGGCCGCUCAGGUCCUUCAAGCUCCCCCUCCUGUCCGAAAGGAGAAGGACAAUCAAUCGAGUACUCGUGGUAGUAGCCCCAAUAGUGAGGGACCUGAGCGUAAUGCCAAAGUUCGUGAAGAACACUAUUUUUUUCGAAAUUAUUCUAAUGAUUUUCAAUUUCAGGAGGAGAAUUCUGGGCCGAACGGUGUAUCUGCUCCCGCUUCGCAUCAUGAGCCUGUUGUCAGCAAGCUUCCUGUCUCUUUUGCCGCCGCAGCUACCGCUGCAGUCCCUGAGGUUCCCAAGGAGGUCUCCGUAUCUGCCUAGGAUCCCGCACGCCUUUCUCUUUUCUUUUCUUUGUUUCUCGUUGAGCAUUCUUUUCCGAGAUUUCGUUCCUUACCACUCUCUGGGUUUUCCUGCUGUAUAUUUCGACCUGUUUGGUUGGCUUUCUAUCAUCCUAUUUGCUAUGGGGACCGGCACAUUCCUAUCACCAACACGCAUCUGGACACACCACUUCGCUCCGUUCACAAACUGCUAUUUCUUUUGUAUUCAUUGCGCAUCUAUCUGCCCGGUCUCGCACUAGAUCAUUGCCCUUCUGUUGUUCGCUUAUCUUCGCGCUCGCGUUCGUUUCGCUAUACAUCUUCGCAUACAUCCUACAUACAUAAAAUUCACGUACACAUUCUGUUCGACCAGACGCAUACUCUAACCUCCUUCACACUUCACAUGCAUAUUCUAUGUACACGCUAUGUAUUCAGCGUUUUCCUCAUGUCGCUAUGUAGAUCCCACAAACCACAUUGCAUUUCUGCGCUUCCAGUUUUAGAUCUACGAUGACCAUUAUACACGCAUACAGUCAUUGACAUGUAUUCCAUCUAGCAAUCUUGAAAUUGUUACAAGGUUCGUACUCUGUUUUAGUUUGUUUUAGGCCGUCCAUGCGUCUAGGUUCCGCAUUUCUACACCGCUUUGAGCAGUGAUCUCGCCGAUUUUGUACACAGUCCC